GCAGAAUUACCGACUUCACACGUAAUCCGACUUGAAGAUUUCCUGAUGCGAAGGUUCUCGAUACUUUGUCUUUCGAUUUAUAUUUCGUCUUUCUCUUCGUCUUUUACUUCUGCUUCUGCUUCUCUUCUUCACCUUCACCUUCACCUCCUCCACCUGCGUUCCAUCCUUUGUCCGUAGCGUAGCCGAGCCAGAAGCUUCAUCAUUCACCAUGGCGCCCCGCUCCUCCUGGCUCUCCAUCCCCGCCGACAGCCAUUUCUCGCUGGCCAACAUCCCCUUUGGCAUCAUCACCAGCCGCCACUCGCAGAUCGAGAAGAGGGCCGCCGUGGCCAUCGGCGACCACGUCCUCGACCUCAAAGCCUUCGCCGCCGACGGUGGCUUCUCCGCGCUGCCCUCCUUCCAAGAGCACGUCGCCGUCUUCUCCCAACCAACGUUGAACGCCUUCGCCGCGCUGGGCCAGCCCGUCCACAGAGAAGUGCGCGCCUAUCUGCAAGACAUCUUCGCCGCGGACACUGCGCAUCCCGAGAUCCUGAAGGACAACGCCGCGCUGCAGAAGGCGGCGCUGCUCCCCAAGCAUGACACCAAGACACACUUGCCAAUGCAGAUUGGCGACUACACUGAUUUCUUCGCCGGCAUAAACCAUGCCUCCAAUGUUGGAACCAUGUUCCGCGGGGCCGCCAACGCCCUACAGCCAAACUACACGCACCUGCCCGUCGGGUACCACGGCCGCGCCUCCAGCGUCGUCGUCUCAGGGACACCAAUCCGGCGACCCAACGGCCAGAUCCUGGCCGACCCGAGCGCAGAGCCGAAAGUGCCCGUGCUGGGCCCCAGCCGGCGUCUCGACAUCGAGCUCGAGCUCGGCUGCUUCCUGUGCACGGGGAACCGCAUGGGCGAGCCGAUCCCGAUCGGCGAGGCGGCGUCGCACAUCUUCGGGUUCGUGCUCAUGAACGACUGGUCGGCGCGCGACAUCCAGACGUGGGAGUACGUGCCGCUGGGCCCCUUCAACGCCAAGAACUUCGGGACCUCCAUCUCGCCGUGGAUCGUGCUGGCCGAUGCGCUGGAGCCGUUCCGCGCGCCCAAGCUGAAGAACGAGACCCCGGUCCUGGAUUACCUGAAGGAGGAGAGGGAGGACACGGUCUAUGAUAUCCAGCUGGAGGUCGAUCUGACGACGCCGGAUGGGGGCACCACGACGCUUUCCAGGACCAGUGGAAAGUAUCUCCUGUGGAGCUUUGCGCAGAUGAUCGCGCAUCACAGUAUCGGGGGGUGUCCGAUGGCGACGGGUGAUCUGCUGGGCAGCGGGACCAUUAGUGGGACGGGCAAGAACGACCUGGGGAGCUUGCUGGAGAUGAACGAGGGGGGCAAGAAGGAGAUCAUGAUCGUGGGCAUGGAUGUGAGGACGUUCUUGCUGGACGGGGAUACGAUCACGUUGAGAGGGGUGUGUGGUGGCGAGCCGGGUGCUCUGGUUGGAUUUGGGGAGUGUUCUGGCACCAUUUUAAGUGCGCCAGAUCUCCCAUGA